UCUUUGGUUGUGACCAGACCACUUCAGGCAAGGAAGUUGGCAUGUAUUCGAAACUCGUUGACUGACUUGGUGACCAACGAGAGUAACCAACCAACUCGCACAACAACCAAAGUGACCAAACAGCAACCAAUUCACAAAACACAGAAGUGGUUAUGAAACUCUUUGGUGAUCAGAAAAAUGGCUGACGAAGUGGAGAAGGCUCAAAUCGCCACACCGGGCGGCGAUACAAUUUUCGGAAAGAUACUGAGAAAAGAAAUUCCAUGCAACUUUAUAUAUGAAGACGAUAAAUGUGUGGCCUUCCAUGAUAUCAAUCCUCAAGCUCCUACUCAUUUUCUGGUGAUUCCUCGCAAACCUAUACCACAACUGUCUUUGGCUGAUGAUUCGGAUGAUCAGUUGUUGGGACAUCUCAUGGUUGUUGCUCGUCGUGUUGCCAAAGAACAGGGACUGUCUCGAGGAUUUCGUCUGGUAGUGAAUGAUGGCGCUGAUGGCUGUCAGUCAGUUUAUCAUCUUCACCUGCACGUUCUAGGUGGACGCCAGUUGCAGUGGCCUCCUGGUUAAUAUGUCUUGUUAAUGGAUUUUGAACUUGUGUUUUUGCUUCUUACACUGCACUGCGCCCCUCUUUCUUGUAUUUGUGCCAGUGUAUAUAUGAGAAUCAUUGAAUAAAGGUCAUUCAGUCAAAUGUUUAUUCUUUUUUUAAAAAUUAUUUUAUUUCUUAUAAAUAUUUUAAAAUAGUUGCUUUCAUAAAAUAUGACGUGCUGCAUGGUUUUUGGAGUAUUUUCAAUACCCCCUUCUCACCUGCCGUGUAACAUUCUCUCUCCCCCCCCCAUAACACUUGUGACAGCACCCCUUAUUUGUAAAUGCAAGAAGAGAAAGUGUAUUACACAAGUUACCCAUCAUAUUGAUGUCCCAGCAACCUCUAUACCCUCUGAAAUAUAAAACAGUCUCUCGUCAUUAAUUACCUCGUAAUUUUGUCAUGCAAAAGUAACAAUGUAUUAAAUGAUCUUUUUCCCUCCACACCAUAGGUAUACCAAAGGAUAAUUGUCUUUAUGAUUCCCUUGUUCCAUUGUGUAUGCCUACUUCACACAUGUUAGACACCAUCAAUGUGGAGUGAAGGUCUGGUCCUGAUCUCUCAAUUGCAUAUCAAGUAUAAUUGCUGGCCUUUACAUAUGCUGUACUUGUAAUAUUUGAUCUUUGCCCUGGCAAUGUCGUUUUAUCACAUGUGUAGUAAAACAUAUUUGGGUCAUUUUUAAAUUUUCUAUUCAUGUUAAUUGAUGAAAUUUAGUUAUCGUUAACGUGUACAGUAUUCAAGUAAUUAUAACAAUGUCUGAAAAAAGAUAUUUUGUAUUAGCGUUAACAUCUAAUGAAGAUCAGAAAUGUCAAAAAUAUAUUGGCCUGUAGAGAAAAGUUCAGAGCUGAUUCGGAAAUACCAAUUGCAGAUUUGAAAUCAGUGUGAAAAACACAAAGAAACAAACGAAAUAUUACAGGCAUAAAAAUUAUGCAGAUCAGUGUUACAACACAGUAAAAACAAUAUAUUCAUUUUGUGUUGUUUUUUAAUAUUGAAGUUCGAAUUAGUUGGCAAUGCUGACUGCACCUAACAAUAAGAUGGAAGCAAGUUGUGAGUGUAGGUGAGAAAAUUUUUGGUCACAAGCUGUUGUAGAUGACACACUAAUUUAAAUGGAUUUUAGAAUGUACUACAAGUCAGUUUUCAAUAUUUUGUUUGUAAUCCUACAGAUUCAAUAAAAAUUUGUUGAGAAAUAUUUCCAUUUUUUGUAACAAUUUACAUCUAGUAACUUAAUUUAUGUUUUAAAA